UUAAGAUCAACUAUAACACUCAGAAAGACAAAUGGUCAAUGAGUGAGUUGAUAGCAAUGUGUGUGCAGGAGGAGGAACGUUUGAAACUAGAACAACCAGAAGUUGCUUAUAUCGCUACCACUAAGUCAGUGAAAAGGAAGGGAAAUUUUAAAGGGGAAAGUUCCAAAGUCCAGAAAACGAAUUCAAAUACUGUUUCCAGCCCUAAUGUCUCCAAGGGACAGUCUCGUUGCAAGUUCUGCCAUAACAAAGGGCACUUGCAACGAGAUUGUUCAAAAUUCAAGGAAUGGCUGGCUAAGAAAGGGAUUCCUUACAAUCCAGAGGCUGGAAAGAAACCAAAGAACACUUAGAACGGGAGGAGGGGAAGAACUUGAAGUUGAGGCCAUAGGAACCAUGCAACUUAUUAUGAAAAAUGGUCAUUGUAUUAAACUUUAUGAUACAUUAU